UUGGAUUUUCAAAUUGUAGAAAAAAAUAAUAAUAAGAGAAACUGAAAAUGCUCAGAUAUGUCCAUAGUAACGUGUUAAUUCCGGUGCGUUUUAUGGCAUCAUUUCAUACCAUAUACGCCCACAAUGUGCAGGGAUCCUCACGCAGCUAUUACGAGGUGCUCAAGGUGCCGCUCAAUUCCAGCGGAAAGGAGAUCAAACAGGCCUUCUUUGAGCUAUCGAAGAAAUACCAUCCCGAUGCUAACAGUGACUCGCAUGACUCGGACGAGUUUGUCAAGGUGUGUGAGGCCUACAGGAUACUCUACAAGCGAGUCUCACGCGAGCACCACAGCAAUCGGCUAAGGUCGCGGUAUCGCACUCUGGCACCCCUAGACAUCUGCUAUUCGAACAAGAAUGUGCAUAAGAACUGGACCAAGUAUCAGGCAGCGAUACGUAAGAAGCAAUUCGGACAUGAAAUUAACUCCGUUGGCGCUCCCAUUGUUUUGUGUAAGAGUACUCAGAUAGAUAGGCCGAGCGAAGUGCGCCUGCUGCCCGCCGGGAAUCUAUUGCCGGUGGUCAGACCCGUGGACGCCAGGGCGGUGCUUCGAUUGCCGCUGCUCUUUGCCCAAUCGCAGGAGAGUUGGCUGCCUGCCUAUUAUGUGGCAGCCUUUGGCGUAAUUUUGGCUCUCCUCGUAGUCGAUUCCGUGCAGCGGGCCGGACUAACCGCCGACCCCAGUGACCAGAUAGUUGCAUCUCGGCAACGUUCAUUCAAACAUUUCAGUGGUAUUUUACCCCUCAUCUCUCAGACGUAAUCUUUUAUAAAAAUCGUAUUGUACACGAACAGAUAAUCCAUACAUUUGAACUAUAAA